AUGGUAAUGAAGUUGUAUGUGUUUCAGCGUCCAAAGUCAACAGUUGGAACACAAAUUGAAGCAAUACCCAGUACAUCUCAGUAUUCCAUGUCCAUUGAACACUCAAAUAUUCAGCAUCAUUCUCAUCCUGAAAGCCCAGUCUUGGCCAAGGUCUUGAGAGCUUGCUUUGAUACUGGAUUGGAAGUCGUCGGCACUGUGUGUGAUCUUGAUGGUGUCAAUAUACGUGCCAUAAAUUCUUUGGGGUCAUCGACGGAUCAACCAUAUUUUAACUUUGAGGGACGUGAAGUUAUUACAAUCCUGGACCCGCCCCAUCUGUUGAAAUGCUUUAGAAAUAUUUUUUUAAAACACAAUAUUCAAUUUGAACAAGACAUACAAAUUGAUGGAAUACGACAGCAAGGCUUAGCAAAAUGGAGCAAUAUUGAAGAUUUUUUUGAAAAAGAUCAACUGUCUCCAACCUUUGUGUUUGCCCCAGGGUUGACACGGCAACACUUGCAUCCGAAUGGCAAACAGAAAAUGAAGGUCUGUUUAGCAGCUCAAGUAUUAAGCCAUUCGGUUGCAGCAGGAAUACUUGCUAGAGUAGCCAUGAAUGAAGAUGAUUCCCAAGAAGCUGUUGCAACAUCUAUAGUACUAUCAAAUUUGGACAAAUUAUUUGAUGCUGUGAAUGGAGAUACUCCAGAUAGAAAAAGAGGGAAGGAGUUUCUGACCAACAUGACCUUAACCAGUCCUCAUAUAAUUGUACGAGUCGAAGUCAGAAGCAAAUCGUCGGGUGGAAUAGCUCAGUGCCCUGCACCUACUGAACAGUGGAUCAAGGAGCAAUCCUUAAAGAAGGGUCUACCUGCUUAUGUGGCCCAUUCUGCAGGUGGACACAUAUGUCCAUUUGGAUCCUACAGGCUGCGAGUGGCUGAACUGCGAGCGUUGGAAAACGGUUACGUUCCAAUCAUCAAGAUGACCUUUAGUCAAAUAAGGAUUAACCUCCUGUUUGCAAGUCUGGAUCUCCCUAAAAUUGCAGUUUCUUUGAACCUGCGGGACGAUACGCUGCUCAAUAACAUGGACUACAACAAGUGUGUGCGCUCGGUAAACUCCUACCGAGUCACGGAGGAGAUCCUGCGCCUUGUGCCCAACGUCAACUACUUCAGGGGCACUCUGUGCGCCGUCAAACUUUGGGCUAAACUUCUAUCCUGUACCGAGGACUGA